CUAGCUAGCUAGCGAACUAUUUAGACCUGGUAGUCGUAUUUAUAUAUUUAAAAAGAUAAAUAAUGUUGAGGUUUUUUUUUUAUUUGGAUAGCGAAUAUCUCAUUCACCACAUGAGCUAGCUAACGCUAAGUAAGGGUUGCUGUUUUUUAAACUAGUUAUUUGGUUAGUUAAGCAACUUAUUGUUGUUCUUUCCUUAGCAAAGAGUACAGCUGUGUCAGAAGAGUGAGCCUGCUGAUUUAGGAGAAACACCCUCUACACUGCCCACGCGAGCUCCAUGAAGACGUGGUGUGUGAAGAAGGUGGAAGAACCCGAGAGUCCUGCACAGAGCCCUGACCUCAACCCAACUGAACACGUUUGGGAUGAACUGCACCCCAGACCUUCUCACCGGACAUAGGUGGGCACCAACCUGACCGAUCUGACCCUGAGGAAGAGGAGAGUGACUGUGAGGGAGUUAGGAGGCUGCAUGGGCCCCAUAUGGCCCAGCUACUUCCAGGACUGCACAUCUGUUAUCUUCAUGGUAGAUUCUGCCAACAUCGCACAGAUUUCCUCCUCCUGCAUCCAGCUGCUGUGCGUUCUCUCUGCCGCGCCGCUCCGGUCCGCCUCUGUGCUCUUGCUGUUCAAUAAGAGGGACCUUCCGUGCACCAUGUCGCUAGAGGAAAUGAAAUCACUCUUCAGGGUGGAUGACAUCAUUGCCUCCGCUCCUCAAUCGAUCACGGUCUUGGAGCUCAGUGCUCGCUCUGGAAAGGGCCUUCAGGAAGUGCUGAACUGGCUGGACUCGACUCAACCCGACUGACCUGGACGACAUACAGGUCUGAUAGGAGAUCAUGGAAGACACCGACACACAGAUCUUAACCGUACAUAAUGAUGCAAACAUCUGGGGUAGGAUCGCAGCACGAUCAGAACUUUGCGAUUGAGUGUUUCCCAAGCCGAGCGAAAAUGCAGCAGAGACGAUCUAAUCGGCACAUCAUCAUCUGCACUAGUGCAUACUUUUGUGGCUGAUGAUGUAAGAGUAAUGUGGAAUUCAUUCUCCCUAUGAAGACUGUAAUGAUGCUUGGAUAUGACUCGCAGCAAACAGUCAACUGGUGCGAUAUUAAAUCGUUUGAGCCAGUUCACACACUUUUGCACCAAGUAGUUUUUUGAUCGGAGUGCAAAAUGCAGGUUUUUGAACACGCAUGUGAUCCAAGGAGCUCUGGUACACCUCAAGUACCACCUCGACUUAACCCAAACCGUCGACCAAUGUCCAUCCACAGUGUAGGACCGGACACGAAUACGUUAUUUGGAGUAAACAUACAAAUAAGAAAUUUUUAAGAAUGCUUUCCAGAAAGGUCCACAGGGCAUUGGGUUGAGAUGGGACUAGAGGUGUGGGCUCUCACAGGAUGCAGUAUAAAAAAUAAACAUUUUAAAAAGGGGAAAAAGAAAAGAAAAAUAGCAUUAUGUUUUUACUUUUAAUGUAGGCAUGAGCGAGCCGUUAGAUAGGAAGCCUGCAGGACGAAGAAAGACCGCUACUGUGUGACGUAUUCACAGCAUCCUUAGUAACUGCCUGGUCAGGGAUGCGGUGGUUUAAAUAAGGCUACUAAUUUGUGUAGAUUUUGGGAACUAAAAUCAAAUAACAUGCUAAUAAAAAUGUAAUUAGUUAGAAAACAUCGCAGGCAGGUGCAAACAAAAACAGUAAUCGUGUAAGCGGCGUUAAAACAGUUCUGUUCACGUGUAGUUGAGAGCAGUUAUGCACUGGAGCGAUGUACCUGAGGUUGAGGAACUGUCCGAGCCAGAAAUCUCACAUACUGCUACAAUUUCAUCAUAUUUCAUUAAAAAAAAAAAAUUCUGGUUUAAGCUACGACCAUUUCGGGUUUAAAUCCAAAUACACAUGCAGAUUUAGAUGCAGUGUUCUUGCUAUACAUGACCAGAACUGAUCCUGGGUAGAGAUUUGAGUAUUCAGACCCAGUUUGAAAACAGCUCGACUGGUCCUGGGUUAUUAAAAGCUGCCCUUUUGUUUUUGUCGACAUCUUUACAAACCUACCGAUGAAAGUCAUGAAGCACAACCAUGAUAAAUAAAAAACAAAACAAAAAAAACAUACAUUAGUUGACAGCCAGUUGUAUUUUCAUUCCUAUAUUUGAUGAGAAAUGUUUUGUAUUUCCAUAACAGUCUCUUAUUCACACAUUCUGUUAGUAUGUCAUCACUCCACAGUAAAUUCAUUCUCUUCAUGAAGUGUGUUCACUUAGCAGCCAAUCUUAAUGAUGGUUUAUAAAAACAAAAACAAACAGGUUUUGGUCUGGUGUUUUAUACAUAUUAGACAUCCUUGACUGAGUGAGCUUCAUUAUCGGGAUGGGGCUGUUGGCUAGCUUCCAUGCUAUUCAGCUCAUUGAUAUCGGUCAUCCAUAAUGAAUAAUACAGAAGGAAAGUGCAACAGGAAGUCACCAGGGUGUAUGGAUGGAAUACUAAAAAGGAAGGAUCACUAACGCAGCUCUAGAGAGAUCAGUGAAGCUGUAACGUGUUGUAAAGUUACUGGUCAUUACAGAGUAGGUUGAAGUUUCAUCUGAAAUUAGAUCAUGAUUCCA